AUGGCCGGCGAACCCACCGAACAAAAAGUCAAGGCCGGCGUCGCGCAGACGUUGCGGGCAUGGGGAGACAACCCUCUCCCGGCGACGCUCACCGCAACGCUCAUCACGGCCCAGCACAUGCGCCCGUUCCAGCCGCUGCCCAUGCUCUUCCCGCCCGUCCUGCUGCUGUCCAGCUACCUCAACCUCAACGGCUACAAGAAGGAUGCCGCCGGGAUGACGGCCGCCUGGAGCGGCUUGUACGUAUUGUUGGCCGGGAGGAGAAAGCAGAGAAUAUAUUCCAAGUUCGGCGCUAGAGGUAUCACCCGCGGCGCAACAGUGGCAAUGUGCGGAGCCAAUUUGGUUGGUGGUGGGUUGGCAUACGCCUUCGGAACUAGGGAGGAAGAGGAGGAUUGA